CUGAUUUCUUCCAAAAGUGCCACUCCAAUAAUUUCUCUCCUUACUUUGUGUUGAUUUGGAUAUACAACCUGCAUUAUUGCUCACUGCAACACCUGAAGAUCGGCCAGUGCUACGGAUGAAAUGCCUACCAGUACUCAGAAGAAUAGCAAGCACAACCUGAUAAAUUUAGAUUCUACCUUCUCUGUGUCUGCAAAGGACUCCUCAGCAGCUGCUGCAUCUCAGAGAUGUUUGUUCAAAAGAAAAUAUAAGUUUUCAGGUCCAGAAUUUAUCAUUCUCUCCAGGGAACCACCAGUGACCUUACAUCUACCUGGAUCAAUUGUGACUAAGAAGGGAAAAUCCUAUCUGUCUCAAAGGGAUCUCAGCAUCAUUCUGCUCAAUGGGCAGUGCCUAGAGGUCAAAUGUGAUAUCAAGUCUAAGGCAAGAGAUAUCUUCAGUAUGGUUAUGGCAUAUACAAAUCUGCCGGAACACUUCUACUUCGGCUUAGCUUACUUGAAAGGUAAAGAGUUUUUCUUUCUGGAUGAUGAGACCAAGAUCUGCAAAGUGGCUCCAGAAGGCUGGAAUGACCAACCCAAGAGAAAAACUUCUAUCAUUAACUUCACUCUCUUUCUGAGGAUAAAAUUCUUUGUCAGCCACUUUAGUGUUAUCCAGCAUGGUCUGACACGGCAUCAGUUCUACCUGCAGCUUCGUAAAGAUAUUCUGGAUGAGCGACUGUACUGCAAUGAUGAGAUUAUCCUGCAGCUAGGUGCUUUAGCAUUACAGGCAGAAUUUGGAAAUUAUUCUCCUGAGAUGCAUGGGAAGAACCAUUUUCGUGCAGAAGACUACAUCCCUGCAAGCCGAAUAGAGAAAAUGACCCUGGUGUAUGUACAGCGAGAACUUGCUAAACUGCAUCAUAUGACCUGCUCCCUCUUUGAAGAUGAAGCUGAACUAGAGUUUCUAAGGGUGACUCAGCAGCUCCCUGAAUAUGGCAUGCUAUUCCAUCAUGUGUUCCAAGAGAAGAAGGCAGCAGGAGUUGAUACUGUCCUGGGAAUCUGUGCCAAAGGCAUCAUUGUGUAUGAUGUGAAAAACCACACAAGAAUUGCCGUCUUAAGGUUCCAGUGGCAGGAAAUGGAGAGGAUUUCAGCUCACAGAAAAAAGUUCAUGAUUGAAAGCAGUUUCAAAAAACACAAGUUCAUCACUGACACAGCAAAGACCUGUAAAUAUUUGCUGCACCUCUGCUCUGCUCAGCACAAAUUUAAUGCACGGAUGAGUUCCUUUCAUCUUCGGCAAGCUUCAUCAGAAAGCAAAUAUUUGGAAACAGACCAACUGAAUGCCACAUAUGCAGUUCAACAUGAACACUUUGUCUUGUCUCAAAGAAUGUCUCAUUCAGAAAAUUUGCUGUGCAGGACUGAUUUGGAAAAUGCAGAUGCUGGAAUGAUGAGUAGGUCUUGUGAUAGCAUCAGUGUGGAAACCAACAAUGUGGCUGGAGACAAAAGCAACCUAGGCAGCUCACCAUCAGGAUUGUCUCAGUCAGAAGCGCACAUUAAUUUAAAUGAAAACCAAAGAAGUUAUGACUAUCUCUUUAUCCGCUCAAAUCAGAAUAUAGCCAGCCCAUCAUGUUCACCAGUUAGCCAAAAGGAGAUGGUGUUAAGUGGACUGGAAAGAGAAAUUAUUUGUGUCCAUUUAAAACGUGAUUCUCAAAAUGGCUUUGGUUUUGUAAUUAUUGGAGGAGAAAAUGUGGGGAAAUUAGACCUUGGAAUCUUUAUUGCUUCAGUUAUUCCCGGAGGACCUGCAGACAGAGCUGGGCACAUCAAACCAGGUGGAAGACUCAUAUCUGUGAAUAAUAUUAGUCUUGAGGGUGUUUCUUUUAAUACUGCAGUUAAAAUUAUACAGAGUUCUCCUGAUGAAGUGGAACUGAUCAUCUCUCAACCAAAAGACAUGUAUGAGGAAGGAAUAAAGGAAGAGAAAAAUCUGUCAAGAAAAAGCAGCACCAGUGAGUCUGAGACAACUUGCAUAGACAGUGGGAAAAAAAGAAUACAAGGCUGCCAUACAGGACCUUCCAAGGAAAAAGACAUAAAUAUAGAUGAACUUGAAAAGGUUCUUUCUUGGAGUUUGGCACCAGAAUUGGUUAACAAGAUUUCUGUUCUUUCAGUUGGCCACAUGGAUGUGGAGGAAGCUGACUCCUUUCAUUCAAUGCCUCCCGCUGAAGUCAAUUCAAAUGGAAUCUACACCGUGGAGCUGGUUAAAGAUAAUGGGACUUUGGGAAUCAGUGUGACUGCAAGUGUUAUUUUUGAUCUUACAAUGCAUUCAUGA